GCGUAAUUUUGCCCGGUACAUAUAUAUAUACAGAAGAAGGCUCACUCACACGCCUUGUUACCCUUCUGGUUCCUACACAGAUUGUCCUCAUUUGCUCCACUUCCUCUUUGUCAUUUCCUCUCAAACCGUUCGCUUCUCUCUCUCUCUCUCUCUCUCUCUCUCUCUCUCUCUAGGGUUUGAGUUUUCAAAUCCUAAUUUGACCCGGCUUCAAUGGCAAUGCUCGGGUGCCGAUCACACUCAGUUCGCGCAUUGUUUAGGUUGUGAUCUCCGGCCGAUCGCGUCCGGUAGGCAUCGGUUCGAUUCGCCGCCAUGUUUGAAGCACACGUUCUGCACUUGCUUCGAAGAUAUUUGGGGGAAUAUGUCCAUGGACUCUCAGUUGAAGCUUUAAGAAUCAGUGUCUGGAAAGGUGAUGUUGUUCUAAAAGAUUUGAAAUUGAAAGCAGAGGCCCUAAAUUCACUAAAACUUCCAGUCACUGUGAAAGCUGGUUUUAUUGGUACCAUUACAUUAAAGGUUCCCUGGAAAAGUUUAGGCAAAGAGCCUGUGAUUGUUCUCAUUGACCGUGUAUUCAUUCUUGCUUAUCCACUUACUGAUGGCCGGACUCUCAAGGAGGACAGGGAAAAACUAUUUGAAGCAAAACUUCAACAGAUUGAGGAAACAGAGUCAGCGACUCUUGAAGCAAUAUCAAAGUCAAAGCUAGGAAGUCCACCUCCUGGAAAUUCAUGGCUAGGUUCCCUUAUUGCUACCAUUAUCGGAAAUUUAAAGAUAUCAAUUAGCAAUGUACAUAUUAGAUAUGAGGACUCAGUCAGUAAUCCAGGGCAUCCAUUUUGUUCGGGUGUAACUUUGGCUAAGCUUGCUGCUGUUACGAUGGAUGAGCAAGGGAAUGAAACAUUUGAUACAAGUGGUGCGCUUGAUAAGUUGCGGAAGUCGUUGCAACUUGAAAGGCUUGCUAUGUAUCAUGAUUCAGAUAGUGUUCCUUGGAAGAUAGACAAGGGAUGGGAAGAUCUCACUCCCGAGGAAUGGGUUCAGAUAUUUGAAGAUGGUAUAAAUGAACCUGCUGAUGAUCGUGGAAUGGUGUCUAAGUGGGCUGUAAAUCGCAAGUAUUUGGUGUCACCUAUAAAUGGAGCUCUAAAAUAUCACCGCGUUGGAAAUCAAGAAAAAAAUGAUCCGGAGGUUCCAUUUGAGAAGGCUUCUCUUGUCCUUAGUGAUGUUUCUUUAACAAUUACUGAGGCACAAUAUCAUGAUUGGAUAAAACUAUUGGAAGUUGUUUCAAGAUACAAGACAUAUGUUGAAGUUUCCCAUCUAAGACCUGUGGUGCCAGUUUCAGAGGGUCCUUAUUUGUGGUGGCGUUAUGCUGCUCAAGCAGGCCUGCAGCAGAAGAAAAUGUGUUACCGAUUCUCAUGGGACCGCAUUCGGAGUCUCUGUCAGCUUCGUCGCCGCUACAUUCAGUUGUAUGCUGGUUCAUUGCAACACUUGUCAAAUGUUAAUAAUGCAGAAAUUAGAGAAAUUGAGAAAGAUCUGGAUUCAAAAGUAAUUCUUUUAUGGAGGUUACUUGCACAUGCAAAGGUAGAAUCUGUUAAAUCCAAGGAAGCAGCUGAACAGAGGUCGUUCCAGAAGAAAGGCUGGUUUUCAUUUAUGUGGCGUACACCUGCUGAAGGUUCUACUAUCAUGGAUGCUGCUGAGGGAUCACAGUUACCGGAAGAAAGACUGACUAAAGAGGAAUGGCAGGCAAUUAAUAAGUUACUGAGUUAUCAACCAGAUGAAGCAUUGACAUCACACUCAGGAAAGGACGUGCAGAAUAUGAUCCGGUUUUUGGUAACUGUGUCUAUCGGUCAAGCUGCUGCUAGGAUCAUUGAUAUAAACCAAACCGAGAUUGUGUGUUGUAGAUUUGAGCAACUUCAAGUGUCAACCAAGUUUAAACAUCGAAGUACCUACUGUGAUGUGUCAUUGAAAUUCUAUGGUUUGUCAGCUCCAGAAGGCUCACUUGCCCAGAGUGUCUCUAGUGAGAAGAAGGUGAAUGCUCUAGCUGCUAGCUUUGUGUACAAUCCAGUUGGAGAGAAUGUUGACUGGAGGCUGUCGGCUACAAUUUCUCCCUGCCAUGUCACGGUUUUAAUGGAAAGCUUUCAUCGCUUUUUGGAAUUUGUGAAAAGGAGUAAUGCAGUUAGUCCUACUGUUACAUUGGAAACUGCAACUGCUUUGCAGAUGAAAAUUGAGCAAGUUACUCGUAGAGCACAGGAGCAAUUUCAAAUGGUAUUAGAAGAACAAAGCAGGUUUGCUCUUGAUAUUGACUUAGAUGCUCCAAAAGUAAGAGUUCCCAUAGGAACUUGUGGCUCUUCCAAAUGCGAUAGCCAUUUUCUUUUAGAUUUUGGUCAUUUCACGCUGCACACCAAGGAUAGUCAGCCUGAUGAACAGAGGCAGAACCUAUAUUCUCGGUUUUUUAUAACUGGAAGAGAUAUUGCUGCCUUUUUUAUGGAUUCUGGUUCUGACUGUCAAAGUUGCACUUGGGAUGUACCCAAUAAUGAUAAUCACCCGCUUUUAUCUCCUUCCCCAGACAAUGUUGACAAUUUUUAUUCUCUCAUAGAUAGGUGUGGAAUGGCUGUACUUGUUGAUCAGAUCAAAGUGCCCCACCCAAAUUACCCGUCAAUGCGGAUUUCAAUUCAAGUGCCAAACCUUGGGAUUCACUUUUCACCAUCAAGGUUUCAGAGGCUUAUGAAACUGUUAAACAUAUUCUAUGGUACUUUGGAAACUUGUGGUCAGCCUGCUGUUGAUGAUUUUCAAGCAGAAACUCCAUGGAGCCCUGCAGAUCUUUCUGGAGAUGCUAGAAUUUUAGUAUGGAGGGGGAUUGGCAAUUCUGUGGCUACAUGGCAACCAUGUUUUCUUGUGUUGUCGGGAAUAAAUCUUUAUGUGUUGGAGUCUGAAAAGUCACAGAGUCACCAGCGACACUCAAGCAUGGCUGGCAGACAAGUGUAUGAGGUUCCUCCAGCCAACAUUGGUGGUUCAUCGUUUUGUCUCGCUGUGAGUUACAGGGGGAUGGACAAUCAAAAGGCUCUGGAGUCUUCUAGUACCUUGAUUAUAGAGUUUCGGUCUGAGGAGGAGAAGGCCAUUUGGUUGAAAGGACUUAUACAAGCCACAUAUCAGGCUUCUGCUCCUCCGUCAGUUGAUGUUUUGGGAGGAACAAGUGAUCCUGUCACUGACUUUGGUGAACCACAGAUCAUGAACUCAAAAACAGCUGACCUUGUCAUUAAUGGGGCAUUGGUGGAGACAAAGUUAUUUAUAUAUGGAAAGACUGGUGAUAAACUUGAUGAAGAACUUGGUGAGACUCUUAUUCUUGAAGUUCUUGCCAAUGGGGGGAAGCUACACAUGAGUCGUUGGGAAGGUGACCUGACGCUUAAGAUGAAACUGCACUCUUUGAAAAUCAAAGAUGAGCUUCAAGGUCGCCUGUCAACAACCCCACAGUAUUUAGCUUGCUCAGUGCUGAAUAAUGACAAUUCAGUUUCUUCUCCUGUGAUAAUUGAUCCACACUGGAAAGAAAUGUCUACUUUGCUUCAUGCGGAUGAUGAUACUUUCACAGAUGCCUUGCCAGAUUUUAUGUCUAUAUCAGAUGCAGCUUUUGGUUCACAAAUUAUGAAUAUGGAUACAAGUGCAACAGCUGAGGACAUCAAUGAUGGUACUAGAUAUGCUUCUACUGACGACUUGAUUCUUGAAAAGAAUCUGGUAAAGGGAAAGGUCAUUUCUGGAGAGAUAUUUUAUGAGGCGGAGGGCGGUGAUAAUUCAAAUUUUGUAUCUGUUACCUUCUUGACUCGGAGUUCUUGCUCGCCUGAUUAUGAUGGUAUUGAUACACAGAUGAAUCUCCGCAUGUCCAAACUGGAAUUCUUUUGCAACAGACCCACUCUUGUUGCUUUAAUUGAUUUUGGCCUGGAUUUAAGCUCUGUGUACUGCACGGAAAGUAGUGCAGACAUGAGUAAACUUUCAGAUGAUAAACCUUUGAUGAACAAAGAAAAGAUUGAAGAAAAUGGGCGUGUGAAAGGGUUGCUGGGUUAUGGUAAGGGUCGUGUAGUAUUUUAUUUAAACAUGAAUGUUGACAGUGUGACUGUGUUUCUUAACAAGGAGGAUGGCUCUCCAUUUGCAAUGUUUGUGCAAGAAAGUUUCCUGCUGGAUCUCAAGGUGCACCCAAGUUCUCUUUCCAUUGAAGGCUCCCUUGGAAAUUUUAGACUCCGUGAUAUGUCUCUUGGAACAGAUCACUGUUGGGCUUGGCUUUGUGAUAUACGUAAUCCAGGUGUUGAAUCGCUUAUCAAGUUCAAAUUUAAUUCUUAUAAUGCUGAAGAUGAUGAUUAUGAAGGAUAUGAUUACAGUUUACGUGGCAGACUUUCUGCUGUCCGCAUUAUAUUCCUAUAUAGGUUUGUUCAGGAGAUAACAGUGUACUUUAUGGAACUUGCCACCCCACAUACUGAAGAGGCAAUCAAACUUGUUGAUAAAGUUGGAGGGUUUGAGUGGCUAAUUCAGAAAUAUGAGAUUGAUGGAGCUACAGCGUUAAAGCUGGAUUUGUCACUUGAUACUCCAAUAAUUAUUGUUCCGAGAAAUUCAACAAGCAAAGAUUUCAUUCAACUUGAUUUGGGCCAGCUAAAAGUCACAAAUGAAUUUAGUUGGCAUGGUUCCCCAGAGAAAGAUCCUUCAGCUGUCCAUAUUGAUGUCCUUCAUGCUGAGAUUCUGGGGAUCAACAUGUCUGUAGGAAUUGACGGUUGCUUGGGUAAAUCAAUGAUACGAGAAGGCAAAGGACUUGAUGUUCAUGUGAGGAGAAGUUUGAGGGAUGUCUUCAAAAAAGUCCCAACAUUUUCUCUUGAAGUGAAGGUGGGCUUAUUGCACGCUGUCAUGUCUGACAAAGAAUAUAAAGUCAUUCUGGACUGUGCAUUCAUGAAUUUAUGUGAAGAGCCAAAGCUUCCCCCUACUUUCCGUGGUGGCAAAUCUGGUACGAAGGAUACAAUGAAGCUGCUGGUUGAUAAGGUCAACAUGAAUAGUCAAAUCCUUCUAUCACGAACUGUGACCAUAGUGGCGGUUGUAGUCGAUCAUGCCCUGUUGGAGUUGUAUAAUGGCAUUCAUGCUGAGUCUCCUUUUGCUCAAAUUGCUCUAGAAGGUCUUUGGGUAUCAUAUCGGAUGACUUCAUUGUCUGAGACAGAUCUCUACAUAACCAUUCCAAAGUUUUCUGUGGUUGACAUUCGCCCUGAUACAAAACCUGAAAUGCGCUUAAUGCUUGGAUCAUCCACUGAUGCUUCUAAACAAGUUUCUUCUGGAAGUUUGCCAUUUUCUUUGAACAAGGGGAGCUUUAGAAGAGCAGACUCUGAUGCUGGAUUUCAUGUGGAUUUACCAGUAUCAACAAUGUUCUUGAUGGACUAUAGAUGGCGUAAAUCAUCCCAAUCAUUUGUGUUUUUUGUGCCUGCAUUGCGGACAAUAACUGGUAGGGAGGAAGUGAUGGAUCAUGAGAAUGAUCCCAUUAGUAAAAACAGUAGCAUAGUUUUCUCUGAACCUAUUUACAAACAGACAGAAGAUGUGGUGCACCUGUCUCCAAGUAGACAAUUAAUAGCAGAUUCUUUACACAUUGAUGAAUAUACAUAUGAUGGAUGUGGAAAGACCAUCUGUUUAAGUGGGGAAAUGGAUGCAAAAGAACUCCAUUCAACUAGGCCUCGACCCAUUAUUAUAAUUGGACGUGGAAAGAGGUUGCGGUUUAUGAAUGUCAAAAUUGAGAAUGGUUCUCUUUUGAGGAAUUAUACAUGCUUGAGUAAUGAUAGCAGCUACUCAGUAUCCUUUGAGGAUGGUGUAGACAUCAUGUUGCUGGACAGUUCCUCAUCUGAUGAUGACGACAAGAAGAGUCUGGAAUACUUGCAUAACUCUUCUGACACCUCAAAUAUUUCUUCGUAUUCUGAAAGUGAUCCAAUCCCAAGUUUCAGUUUUGAAGCACAGGUUGUUUCUCCUGAGUUUACCUUCUAUGAUGCUUCAAAGUCUUCUCUGGAUGAUUCAUAUGGUGAAAAGCUUCUCCGUGCAAAGUUGGAUUUUAGCUUCAUGUAUGCAUCUAAAGAAAAUGAUACCUGGAUUCGAGCCCUGGUGAAAGAUCUUACAGUUGAGGCUGGUUCUGGUCUUAUUGUUCUUGAUCCAGUAGAUAUAUCUGGGGGUUACACUUCUGUUAAGGACAAAACAAAUAUGUCUUUGUUAUCAACUGAUGUUUGCUUCCAUCUUUCACUGAGUGUUGUUUCCCUUAUACUUAAUUUGCAAAGCCAGGCAACAGCAGCAUUGCAAUUUGGAAAUCCUAUGCCCUUGGUUGCAUGUACCAAUUUUGAUCGAAUUUGGGUGUCCCCAAAAGAAAAUGGAUCUUGUUACAACCUUACCUUUUGGAGGCCUCGAGCACCUUCAAAUUAUGUUAUAUUGGGAGAUUGUGUGACAUCAAGGCCAAUUCCUCCUUCACAGGCAGUAAUGGCAGUGAGUAAUGCAUAUGGGCGUGUGCGUAAGCCAAUUGGUUUCAAUCUCAUAGGCUUGUUCUCUGCUAUUCAAGGAUUUGGUGGGGGUGAUUCUGAUGUUGGUAGUGAUUGUUCUCUUUGGAUGCCUGUAGCACCACCAGGAUACAUAGCGUUGGGUUGUAUAGCAAAUAUUGGGAAAGAACCCCCAACUAAUCACAUUGUUUAUUGCAUUCGUUCUGAUCUUGUAACGUCAACAACAUAUUCAGAAUGCUUAUUUUGCUCUCCGUCAAAUCCUCAAUUUGCAUCUGGAUUUAGCAUCUGGCGUGUAGAAAAUGUUCUUGGAUCAUUUCAUGCCUCUUCUUCUGCUGAAUGCCCUUCCAAAAACAAUUGUUGUAACCUCAGUCAUCUUCUUCUUUGGAAUUGGAAUCGGCAUCAUUCUUCUCCUAAAGAAUCUGCCUCAAAUUUGGCUGUUGAUCAUAGCUCUGGAUGUCAGCAAACCAGAAACCAGACUGGAAAUUCUUCUGGAUGGGAUAUUGUCAGAUCAUUUUCAAAGGCAAAUAAUUGUUAUAUGUCGACCCCUAACUUUGAGAGAAUCUGGUGGGACAAGGGUAGUGACCUCCGCCGACCAGUCUCAAUAUGGCGACCCAUUGCGCGUCGAGGCUAUGCCAUAAUGGGUGAUUGCAUUACCGAAGGCUUAGAGCCACCAGCUGUGGGCAUAGUUUUUAAGGCUGAUGAUCCCGAAGUAUCUGCGAAACCCGUGCAAUUUACUAAAGUUGCACAUGUUGUAGGCAAAGGUUUGGAUGAAGUCUUCUUCUGGUACCCACUUGCUCCACCUGGUUAUGCUUCUCUUGGUUGCAUAGUCUCCAGAAUGGAUGAAGCCCCAUGUGUAGAUACGUUUUGUUGCCCUAGGAUGGAUCUUGUUAACCAAGCUAAUAUUCUUGAGGUGCCAAUUUCAAGAUCUUCGACUUCUAAGGGAUCUCAAUGCUGGAGCAUUUGGAGAGUUGAAAAUCAGGCAUCAACUUUUCUUGCACGGGCUGAUCUGAAAAAACCGUCAAGCAGAUUGGCUUAUGCUAUUGGUGAUUCCAUGAAGCCAAAGGCUAGGGAAAACAUAACUGCAGAAGUGAAGCUAAGAUGCUUCUCUUUAACUGUUCUAGACAGCUUAUGUGGAAUGAUGACACCACUAUUUGACACGACAAUCACCAAUAUCAAGCUUGCAACACAUGGUCGACUGGAGGCUAUGAAUGCAGUACUGAUCUCCUCUAUUGCUGCAUCAACCUUCAACACCCAGUUAGAAGCAUGGGAGCCACUUGUGGAACCUUUUGAUGGAAUAUUCAAGUUUGAAACAUAUGACACCAAUGUACACUCGCCCUCAAAAUUUGGGAAGACAAUGCGUAUUGCUGCUACCAGUAUCCUUAAUUUAAAUGUCAGUGCUGCAAACCUUGAAACUUUUAUAGGGAGCAUUCUUUCAUGGAGAAGACAAUUAGAACUUGAACAGAAAGCAAUGAAGAUAAAUGAGGAAGCUGGUGGUGUAUGUGAACAGGAUCAGACUUUGUCUGCAUUGGAUGAAGAUGACUUUCAGACUGUGAUUGUAGAGAAUAAACUUGGGUGUGAUUUAUAUCUGAAAAAAUUUGAAGAAAAUACAGAUGCAGUGGAUCGGUUGCGUCAUGGUGAUUGUAUUUCUAUAUGGGUGCCACCUCCAAGGUUUUCUGACAGGUUCAAUGUUGCAGAUGAAUCUAAGGAAGCGCGCUAUUAUGUUGCUAUUCAGAUUCAUGAAGCCAAGGAUUUACCUAUUGUAGAUGAUGGCAACAGCCAUAACUUCUUCUGUGCUUUGCGCCUUGUUGUUGAUAGUCAGCCGACAGAUCAACAAAAACUCUUUCCUCAAAGUGCCAGGACAAAAUGUGUUAAGCCUGCACUUUCGAAAAUCAAUAACUUGACUGAAGGCAAGGCGGAAUGGAAUGAACUUUUCAUAUUUGAAGUUCCUCGGAAGGGACCAGCUAAACUGGAAGUGGAGGUGACAAACCUUGCAGCAAAAGCAGGAAAGGGUGAAGUGGUGGGUGCACUCUCAUUUUCUGUUGGGCAAGGUGCAAAUAUGUUGAGGAAAAUAGCUUCCGUGAGGGUAUUCAAUCAAGGUCAUGAUAGUCAGAGCGUAGUAUCAUAUCCGCUAAGGGGGAGGGUUCAACAUAACAAUCUUGAUGACAUGGACGAAUGUGGAUGUCUGUUGGUUUCAACUUCUUAUUUUGAGAGGAAAACAACUCCAAUUUUUCAAAGAGAUCAAGAGCCUGAAAAUGCAAGUGAUAGAGACAUAGGUUUCUCUGUUGGUCUUGGCCCGGAUGGUCUUUGGGAGAGCAUUCGGUCAUUGCUUCCAUUGUCAGUUGUCCCCAAAUCACUACAGAAUGAUUUCAUGGCACUGGAAGUUGUCCUGAAAAAUGGCAAGAAGCAUGCAAUUUUCAGGGGUCUUGCAACAGUUGUAAAUGAGACUGAUGUUAACUUGAAAUUUUCAAUUUGUCAUGCUUCUCGGAUUCGAGGUUAUGAUUCCUCUUUAGGAAAAAGUGAUAACAUAAAUCCUGGAGGUUCUUUUGUUUUACCUUGGAGAAGUACAUCAAAUGAUUCCGACCAGUGCUUACAAAUUUGUCCUUCUGUUGAUGACCCUCAGCCUCCAUAUUCAUGGGGUUCUGUCGUGGCAGUGGGUUCUGGUUAUACAUAUGGAAAGGACCUGACUCUUAUAGAUCAGGUUGCACUCUCUCGGCAAUAUACUUCAAAGCAGGAAAAUAAGAUGCCUAAUGUUACUUUUAGGUUGAAUCAGCUUGAGAAGAAAGAUAUACUUUUGUGUUGUUCUAGUACCAUAAAUAAACAAUUUUGGCUUAGUGUUGGGGCAGAUGCCUCAGCUCUUCAUACUGAAUUGAAUGCACCUGUUUAUGAUUGGAGAAUAUCUGUCAACUCUCCUAUGAAGUUGGAAAAUCGACUUCCCUGUCCGGCUGAAUUCACAAUCUGGGAAAGAACAAAAGAUGGAAAAUGCAUUGAACGACAGCAUGGUAUGAUCUCUUCACGUGGGGGUGUUCAUAUAUAUUCCGCAGACAUUCAGAAACCCUUAUAUCUUACAUUGUUUGUUCAGGGUGGUUGGGUUCUGGAGAAGGACCCCGUUCUUGUUUUGAAUCUUUAUUCCAAUGACCAUGUCUCAUCAUUCUGGAUGGUUCACCAGAAAAGUAGAAGGAGACUGCGCGUGAGUAUUGAACGUGACAUGGGAGGGACCACUGUUGCACCCAAAACAAUAAGGUUUUUUGUUCCAUAUUGGAUCACGAAUGAUUCAUCUAUUCCCUUGGCAUAUCGAGUGGUGGAAGUAGAACCUUUAGAAAAUGCAGAUACAGACUCUCUAAUACCUUCUAGAGUCAAGUCUGCAAAAACAGCCUUGAAAAGUCCUACAAACUCUAUGGACAGGAAGCUUUCUUCCACUAGGAGAAACAUUCAAGUACUUGAAGUUAUUGAGGACACUAGUCCUGUUCCUAAUAUGCUUUCUCCACAAGAUUAUGCAAGCCGCAGUGGGGCUUCGCUGUUUCCAUCUCAAAAAGAUGUAUAUCUGUCCUCACGAGUGGGCCUUUCUGUUGCCAUUCGUCAUUCAGAAAUAUACAGUCCUGGGAUAUCUCUUUUUGAGCUGGAAAAGAAGGAAAGGAUUGAUGUCAAAGCAUUCAGUUCAGAUGGAUCUUAUUACAAGCUUUCAGCGCGACUGAACAUGACCUCAGACAGAACAAAGGUUGUGCAAUUCCAGCCCCACAGCUUGUUUAUUAAUAGAGUUGGUUCCAGCCUGUGUCUGCAGCAGUGUGGUUCUCAGUCUGUGGCAUGGAUUCAUCCCACAGAUUCUCCAAAACCCUUCUGUUGGCAGUCUUGUGCCAAAGUUGAAUUGUUGAAGUUGCGGGUGGAUGGUUACAAAUGGAGUGCACCAUUUAGUGUUUGUAAUGAAGGUAUCAUGCGUGUUUGCAUGAGGAAGGAUACUGGAAAUGAACAACUUCAGUUUCGAAUAGCUGUAAGAAGUGGAGCAAAGAAUUCAAGCUAUGAAGUUAUUUUCCGUCCGAACUCUUCCUUGAGUCCUUACAGGGUUGAAAAUCGUUCCAUGUUUCUACCCAUCCGAAUUCGGCAAGUGGAUGGUACUAGUGAUUCGUGGAACUUUCUUCUUCCUAAUACAGCAGUUUCUUUUUUAUGGGAAGAUCUUGGCAGAAGGCGUUUAUUAGAAAUCCUGGUAGAGGGGGAAGACCCAUUGAAAUCAGGGAAGUAUGAUAUUGAUGAGAUUUCUGAUCACCAACCUAUUCACGUGGGAAGUGGACCUUCUAAAGCUCUACGUGUUACUGUAAUAAAAGAAGAGAAAGUGAAUGUCAUUAAGAUCAGUGACUGGAUGCCAGAAAGUGAACCUGCUGGAGUUUUGAGUAGAAGCCAGUCAUCACUUUUGUCUCAACUUUCUAUACAGCAACAAUCACCUUUUCUCUCUGAUUGUGAAUUUCAUGUUAUCAUUGAGCUAGCUGAGCUUGGGAUAUCCAUUAUUGACCAUACACCCGAAGAAAUUCUCUACCUUUCGGUUCAGAAUCUUCUGUUUGCAUAUUCAACUGGCUUAGGCUCUGGAAUCAGUCGGUUGAAACUUAGAAUGCGUGGGAUACAAUUGGAUAACCAGUUGCCAUUAAUUCCAACGCCGGUUCUUUUUAGGCCACAGAGAGUUGGGGAAGAGACUGACUAUAUCUUGAAACUUUCAAUCACAAUGCAAUCCAAUGGGUCGCUAGAUCUGUGUGUCUAUCCAUAUAUUGGUCUCCAUGGACCUGAGAACUCUGCCUUUUUGAUAAACAUUCAUGAACCUAUCAUCUGGCGCAUUCAUGAAAUGAUUCAGCAGGUCAACCUUAGUCGGUUGUAUGAUACUCAAACAACUGCUGUUUCUGUUGAUCCAAUCAUUGAAAUUGGAGUUCUUAGCAUCUCAGAGGUUCGAUUCAAAGUGUCAAUGGCUAUGUCACCAAGUCAAAGGCCAAGAGGUGUUCUUGGCUUUUGGGCAUCUUUGAUGACUGCAUUGGGCAACACUGAGAAUAUGCCAGUGAGGAUAAAUCAAAGGUUUCAUGAGAACGUGUGCAUGAGGCAGAGUUCAAUGAUUAGUAUUGCUAUUUCAAACAUUCGAAAAGAUCUCCUAGGCCAACCUCUUCAACUGCUAUCCGGUGUUGAUAUAUUGGGUAAUGCAAGUAGUGCACUUGGACAUAUGAGCAAGGGCAUGGCUGCCUUAUCAUUUGAUAAGAAGUUUAUUCAAAGCCGACAGAGACAGGAAAGCAAGGGCGUGGAGGACUUUGGUGAUGUUAUUAGAGAGGGUGGUGGAGCACUGGCAAAAGGCCUCUUCAGAGGAGUCACUGGAAUAUUAACAAAGCCGCUUGAAGGUGCAAAAACUUCUGGCGUUGAGGGUUUUGUGCAAGGUGUUGGGAAAGGAUUAAUAGGUGCAGCUGCACAACCAGUGAGUGGGGUUCUAGAUCUUUUGUCAAAAACUACCGAGGGUGCCAAUGCGAUGAGAAUGAAGAUAGCAUCAGCUAUAACUUCUGAUGAGCAACUGCUCCGCAGACGAUUGCCUCGUGUUAUUGGUGGUGAUAAUUUAAUUCGGCCAUAUGAUGGGGACAAGGCACAGGGACAGGCUAUAUUGCAGCUGGCAGAAUCAGGUUCAUUUUUCCUCCAGGUUGAUCUGUUUAAAGUACGUGGGAAGUUUGCCUUAUCAGAUGCUUAUGAAGAUCACUUUGUACUCCGCAAAGGAAAAAUUCUUCUAGUCACUCAUCGAAGAUUGAUACUGUUGCAACAACCCUUCACCGUAGCUCAGAGGAAGUUCAACCCGGCUAGGGAUCCAUGUUCUGUACUGUGGGAUGUACUUUGGGAUGACCUGGUCAUAAUGGAAAAGUCAUAUGGAAAAAAGGACCACCCAAAAGCCCCACCUUCAAGGGUCAUUCUUUAUUUACAAGAGAAAUCAACUGAGGUGAGGGAACAAGUUCGAGUCAUAAAAUGCAUCCCUGAUACCCCCCAGGCUCUUGAGGUGUACUCCUCGAUUGAACGAGCAAUGAACACUUAUGGGUCAAACAAACCAAAGAGAAUGCUGAAAAAGAGUGUGACAAUUCCAUAUGCACCAAUGUUUGAUAGCGCCAGCGCUGAAGCUAUACCAAAAGAAGGGGCUAGUGUCUUGUCGCCCCGACAGGUGCCUACAUCAAUUCCUCGUAGUUCAACUUUUGGCAGCAGCAGCAGCAGCAAUUGAUUUCUAGAUCAUUGCCCUUGGGGAAAUAUGGUUUUUGGGAUUUCUGUUGUGGGUCAGGUCAUGAAUUCCGACUAUUGGUGUUUCUUUUUCUGGUUUCAGCCUGCAUGUUCAGAUGUUCUCACCGUUUGACAGAAAUCUUUGCAGAUUACAACAAUGAAGAGGUUGUUUGUGUAGGUUUUUUAUAAGAAGCCAUGUCAAGGACAAGUGACAAAGACCUUGUAGGGCAUGGAUAUGAACGGUGUAGCUUCAAUUACACAUCCAUAGGUUUUUUUAUAUUUAUAGAUACCACUCUCCUAAAUAUGUACAGGUUUGAACCUUCCAUGUAUAUGUCUUAGAAUAGUCAAUGUAUACGAACAGAAAUUACUGAAGGUGAUCAAGCCGAUUGGUUUAAGAUCCCACAGUAGCUGUAGAUCUGGUCCCGUAUGAGCAUCAUGAUAUAUUAUAGGUGACGGAUAGGCUUAGGAAGUAAAAUCCUAGUGGUUGGGCACCCUGUUUAAUGUAUGGUGUAGUGUAGCAUAUGAAUUGCCUUCAAACAAAAGUUAAAACCUCACCUGUUCAAUUAUAAAGCUGUAAUCUUUUUGGUUUUCA